UUUUGAUGACCAGCAAGUACACCAAGGAAGAGGUCUCCCACGUAUUUCUGACAGUGGAAAUGUACCCAAAGUUCAUCAUCCUGUUUCCUGUGUUGUGGCUGUUGGCACUUGGCUCUAGCAGGAUUCAAGAUCAGAAGGGUGAAGACAGCAAUGAUUUUCCAGAAAACUCAUCUGAAAUGCUCAACCCAGAACACAACUCCUUGGCUCCAGAUUGCCCUAAAAAAUGUAGCUGCCUUCAGGAAGGAAUUGUGGAUUGUGGAGGGUUUUCUCUGAAAGAAUUUCCCAUUGAUAUACCAGAACAGACCAGCCACCUUUCCUUGCAGAACAAUCAGAUAGAAGAAAUUUUCCCAGAAGAACUUGCACGUCUUUACGGCCUUGAAACUCUCAACUUACAAAACAACAGGCUCACUUCCAAAGGACUUCCAGAGGAAGCAUUUGAACAACUGGAAAAUCUGAAUUAUUUGUACCUUGCAAAUAAUCAGCUCACGGUGGCUCCAAAAUUUCUCCCAAGUACCUUGAUCAGUGCAGACUUUGCUGCCAAUAAUCUCACUAAGAUUUAUGAGCUCACAUUUGGACAGAAGCCAAACUUGAGGUCAGUGUACCUCCAUAACAACAAACUUGAAGAUUCUGGGUUACCAGAAAGCAUGUUCAAUGGGUCUAGCAAUGUGGAAGUAUUGAUUAUGUCUAGCAAUUUCUUAAAAUAUGUUCCAAAGAAUCUACCACGAGCACUAUAUAAGCUACACCUAAAGAACAACAAGUUGGAGAAGAUUCCCAAAGGAGCCUUCACUGAACUCUCAGGACUUCGAGAACUAUAUCUGCAGAAUAACAAAUUAACAAAUGAGGGAAUGGACAAUGAAACCUUCUGGAAACUUUCAAGCCUUGAGUACCUGGAUUUGUCCAGCAAUAAUCUUUCCCUCAUCCCAAGUGGCCUACCUCGAAACAUUGUCCUUCUCCACUUAGAGAAGAAUGCAAUCAAAACAAUUGGCAAGGAUGUCUUGACCCAAAUUAAGAAUAUGGAAUACUUACUGCUUCACAAUAACAAACUGAAGGCCAGUGGGAUUGAUCCACUGGCUUUUCAUGGCCUGAAGAAGUUGCACACUGUCCACUUGUACAACAAUCAGCUGGACAGGAUUCCAAGUGGGCUGCCCAGACGAGUGAAAACUCUGAUGCUUCUUCACAAUCAGAUCUCAGAAAUUAACAGGAAUGAUUUUGCUUACACAUAUUUUAUGGAGGACCUAAACCUGAGUUAUAAUAAAAUAACCAGCUCAAAGAUUCAUCGGGAGGCCUUCCGCAAGCUGAGGCUGCUUAAGUCCUUAGAUCUUUCAGGCAAUAACCUGCACACCUUGCCUUAUGGCUUCCCAAAGAACCUGCACAGCCUUAAGCUGAAAGUAAAUGAGAUCAGCUCCAUUCCUAGGGGGACUCUGUCUGGAAUGUCAAAGCUACAGGAGCUCUACCUCAGCAACAACAAGCUAAAAGUCAGUUCGGUUCACAGUGAAUCAUGGAGGGACCUCACCAGUCUCAAGAUAUUAGACAUGGCUGGCAAUCAACUGACGGCUAUUCCAUCUGAUUUACCUGAAUCUCUAGAAUAUCUGUACCUUCAGAACAACAAAAUCACCACAGUGCCAGAGGAUGCCUUUGAUUCCACACCCAACAUAAAGGGAAUUUAUCUCAGGUUUAACAAGAUUGCAUUCAAUGCAGUAAAAGAAAGCACAUUCCAAAGACUGAAGCAUCUGCAAGUGCUGGAUAUUGAAGGAAACUUUGAAUUUAGUGAUUCUCUGAAGAAUGAGGAUGAUUCAGAUGAAGAAAUGGAAGAAGAUGAAGAAGAGGAAGAACAGGAUGUGGAGGAAUAAUGAACACAGACAUUGACUGAAUCAAGCAUAUCACAUGGUAGAUAAUUACUUUUAAUGGUUUGGAUGGGGGCACUAGCUGUACUACCCUUUAAUUUUAACUGGUCUUUUAUGGUUACUUCAGCUAAUACACAAAAAUCAAUUCAUGACUUAUCCUAGGAGUUGCUAAGCUGGCAAAUAAAUGUCUAGGAUGGAGCAUAAAUCUGUGCAAAUGUAAUAUUAUAAUUGGUGAUAACACAAGAUGAGCCAGGGUGUUAUGGAGGAAGAGCAAUAUCUACACAAGCAUAAUAGUAUCAAGAUCCUGGUGGCUUUCUGUUGAGCUCAAUAAACUCAUGCUGUCCACAUGGUGCCACAGAUUGGCUGUGCACUGGCUGUGCUCAUACUAUUUUCCAUUCUGAAUCUUACAUCUUGGAUGUGCAUUCAAUGAACAACCAAGUUGUGGGAUAUUGUGGGAUAUUGGGCAGUUACACACUCCCAGCCUAGUCUGUCUCAUAGGAGUUUUGUGAGUGUAAAACUGGGAAGUAAGAACUAUGUAUUUUGUUAUAAUGAUUUCCCUUUAUAUAUUUUUUGGCUGAGCUGCCCCUUUUCUUUCUUCUUUGUUUUUCAGUCUGCCCCACCCAGUUGUUUACAUGUAUAUGGCUAUAUGCUGACCCAGCCUAAGGAACUGAGGGACGGGUGUGUGCUUUAAUGGGUGGCUUUAAAAAAAGGUUUUGAAGUAUUUAAAGACUUUGGCUACAUGUUUCUAGCUGUUACUGAUCCUGGGCUGUUGGGCUGAACGUGCUUUAUAAAAUUCUAGCCCUGUCUGCCAUAAGAUCCUUGGCUUAGGCUAAUUACAUUUUGAUUAGUAGGUGCCACUGUCAUUAUUUAUUUCUGAUUUCAUGUUUUGCAGGAAGUCAUGCAGCAAAUGACAUGUAUCUCUGUGUUCGUGUAUUGGCAUAUACCUGUAUCUUUCUAGAUAUACAGAGAGCAUUUAGCAGAAAGUGCAGUGAAUUACAUGCAGGUGGUUGGCUCCAGUGAGGCUUGGCCAGGCCAGUUGCUGAAGACAGUCUGCUAAUGCUGGGGAAACCCACAGCACCAUUCCAAAUCUACUCCAUCUUUUCCAAGAACUUCCUAGAUUAUAAGGGAUGGGGUGAGGAAUAUGCAAAAGCUGGCUUUUGUUUCCCUUCUUGCACUUCCCUGUUUUGACCUGUAAAAAAAAAAGGUUAUACUUUUUUAGCGCAAUUGCCUCCACAUAAUAUCUCUUUGUCGCUGUGUUUAAAUGAACCACUGUAUACUUUUCAAUAUAUAUAUAUAUAUGGGUUUGAAAAGAAAUCAUAUUACGGCUGGAUCCCAUUUAUAAUUUAUCCGUAUUCCCAAAGCCUGAGAUAUGCAUCCACCUUUAUCAAGAUUUAAAAUAUCAAAUUAUUAUGUGUUAUGAAAAUAAAAAUAUAUUUUUGCCUUUGAGAGGC